AAAGAUUUCAACAUGAUUUCAUAAUAAAGUGUGUUGACAAAGAGAAAAAUAUAUAUUGAUAUUGAAUCAUCUGUAAAUAUUAAAAUAAGCUUGUAUGAUUCAUAAUAAUGAGAGUUUUGGAACUAUAUAGUGGUAUUGGUGGAAUGCAUUAUGCUCUUCAAGAAAGUGGUAUUAACGGAGAUGUUGUUGCAGCAGUUGAUAUAAAUACUGUUGCAAACAGUAUAUACAGAUAUAAUUUUCCAAAUGUUUUACUUAUGAAUUGCAAUAUUCAGUCACUUUCUGCAAAACUGAUAAAUGACUUAAAUAUAGAUACUAUAUUAAUGAGUCCUCCAUGUCAACCUUACACAAGAGUUGGACUUCAGAGAGAUAUAUCGGAUAAUAGAUCAUCUUCGUUACUUCAUGUUCUUUCAUUGAUUCCACAAUUGAGAACAUUAAAGUAUAUAUUGCUUGAAAAUGUAAAAGGAUUUGAAAAGUCUGAAAUGAGAAAUGCAGUAUUAAAAUGUAUGAAUAUGUCUGGAUUCAAUUAUAAGGAACUAAUUCUAAGUCCUUGCCAAUUUGGUAUUCCAAAUACCAGAUAUAGAUAUUAUUUAUUGGCUAAGAGGAAGGAUUCUGAAUUUUGCUUUGAUCACUGUAUAUUAAAUUUUAAUCUACCAGAAGCUGUUUUAAAGGCCUUACCAGGAAGUAAACAUAAUUUAUUAUUAGAAGGUGCUAAAACAGAUAAGAAUUGCUACAAAUUAGAAAAUAUUUUAGAAAAUGUUGAAAAGUCACAGUAUUUAAUUCCUAGAAAGUUGUUACAAAAGAGAGCUUGGUUGUUUGAUAUAAGAACAUCUCAAAGCGAUGGUUCUUGUUGUUUUACAAAAGCUUAUAGUCAUUAUGCAGAAGGAACAGGCUCUGUAUAUUCUCCAUAUACAGAAGAAACAAUCCAACAGAUAUUUUUAGAAGCAAAUAAGUAUGGCAAGCAAUCAUUAGAAGCAUCAGAAGUUUUACAAAAAUUAAUGUUACGAUAUUUUACACCUAGAGAAGUGUCUAGAUUAAUGUGUUUUCCUGAAGAAUUUAAAUUUCCAGAACAUAUAACAUGUAAGCAAAGAUACAGACUUUUGGGAAAUUCAAUUAAUGUAUAUGUAGUUAGUAGAUUAAUAUUUUUAUUAUAUACUGAGAAAAAAAUUACAUGACAUUCACAGAAAUAUAUUUUAUAUAUAUUUUUAAUAAAGAAAAUGUUUUAUAUUCCAAAA